AUGGAUACCCCCUUACAAGAGCGAAGCUCCUCCUUUCUCCAACAGGCCCUAACGGCAGGCAUCCAACAUCCCUUUCAAACCCUCUUCGCCGUCGCGUUCGUCAUCUGCGUCGUCACCCGCAUCAUCUCCGGUCUACAGUACCGCUCCACGGUCCUAAAACAAGCCGCGGAUGGCGGGUCGAACGGCCCUCGAACCGUGCCCAUUCUCCCAUACUGGAUCCCAUGGCUCGGCCACGCCGUCUCGUUUGUAGCGGGCGGGACGGAUUUCCUGACGCGCGCGGCACGUUCACUGGGGCCCAAUGCGUCCAUCUACGCCCUGAAGAUGGCCAACACCAAGCACAACGUGGUCACGGUGCCGAGUAUCGCGCGCCAGAUCCUGAUCGACCGGACCAGCCCCAUCACCAUGAACGACUUCAUCCUGCACACCAUGAAGAACUUCUGGGACGACCGCGGCGCGAUCAAGGCCAUUGAGCCGGACCACCUGUGGGGCAACAUUCAUGGGGUCUUGUCCAGCAUGCUGCGCGAGAGUUUCGUCACCUCGGCCAUCAGCGGCACGGUCGACAUGGUCGCCGAAAGGACGUGGAACUUGGUCUCGGGCGCACAAAGUCCCGUGGACCAAAGCAUCUGGGAGCGCCACGGCGGGGUGGAAGUCCUCUCACGGGGCGACGGCGACGGCCCCUUAAUCGCCGAGGCCAGUCUCUUUCCUCUGCUGCGGUACUUCGUGGGCGACAUUGCCACCACGGUCCUGUUCGGCAAGGAUUUCAUGGCAAACUACCCAAACAUCAUGCCCGACCUGUGGGAGAUGGACUCGCAAUUCAACCUCUUCAUGGCCGGAGCCCCCUCGUGGUUUCCCGGGAUGAGUGGCCCUUCGCAGGCAAGAGAACGCAUCAUCCAGGCCGUGCAGGAACACCACGAAGCGCUCUUCAAGUACCUCGACGGCCAAGACCCCGGAAGUCGCUGGAACGACAUGUCGGACGUCUCGUCCGUCAUUGUCGAUCGAGCCAAAGCAUUUCGAGAAGGGGGCGCCGUGCCACGAGGCUAUGCCACGGGUAACGCGGCCAUCCUGUGGGCCAUGAACAUCAACGCCAACCCGGUCAUCUUCUGGAUGACGUGGUACAUCUUCUCGACCCCUUCCUUGCUCGAGGAGAUCCGAGCCGAGGUCGCGCCCUAUGUGCGUUUCCACGCGCCACCUCCCAACGGCCUACCGAUCCAAGAGCCGCCCAAGUUGGACAUCGACAUCACCGCGCUGUGGACCAAAUGUCCGCUGCUGAAGGGCGCCUUCUUCGAGACGAUGCGCCUGGAGGCCGCGAGCAUGUCGUACAAGAUGGUCGAGGACGACUUUGUCGUGUACGAGAACGACGAGGAUGCGCGCCUGCUGGGCAAACCCGCCCCGCAGAGCUGGCUGCUCCGCAAGGGCGAGUACAUUUGUUUGCCGCACGGCGUGCACCAGAGUGACGACAAGUACUUCCGCGACCCCGCGAGGUUCGACCCGCGCCGGUUCUGGGCCAAGGACAGCCUCCAAGUCGAGCACGGCGGCGGCGGCGGCGGCGGCGGUGAAAAGGACCCCGAAAAGCCCGCCGACGACGGCGUCGUCAGGGUCGAAUACGGCACCAUGAAAGUCUGGGGCGGCGGCAAGCAAAUGUGCAAGGGCAAGACGUUCGCCGAGCGCGAGGUCGUCCUCUUCGCCGCCGCCAUCGUCAUGCAGUGGGACCUGGUGCCCCUGAGUGACGGUGGGAGGUGGGUGCAUCCGGGCCGCAAGAUCGGCGCCGGGGCCGUCAAUCCCAAGAAGGAUGUGAGGGUGAGGUUGAUCAGACGGGAGGGAUGGUGA